CCAAAAACUUUCCCUUUCUCCAAAAAACUUGGCGUCAAAAAAAGAAAGGAUUCCAACUAGACCUUCACAAGGUCUAGCGACGGGCGCAAGGUUUGGAACAUGUUAACCCCGCCCCUUUCUGCAUGCCGGAAUGAAAGUGUUAAGUAUCACGUGACUUGAAAGCAUCAAUGGACACCAUCGGUUGACCUCCAGUACCCCCCCCCUCUCUCUCCACCAUCCGAACGAAAGCAAAAGUUCUUUUUUUGGUUUUGUUUCUUAGAUUUUAUUCAUCUGUUCAUCCACAGUUGUAUGUUGUCCAUUCUCAACCCUUAGACCCACCGGGAACAGAUCUAUAAAAACUUUAUCUCCAGGACAGGUAGUGAGUUGGGUCUAAAAAAAGGUGACAGUUUUGAUUUUAUGUGACCAAAGAGAGAUGGGGUCAAUUAAUAUGCUGGACAUUAUUGCGGUCGUCUUAAUUAGUCUGCUAGGAAUAGCUCAAAAAAUAACAUCCCAAACCGUACCAGAUCCUUUGUUUACACGUGGUUGUCGAGCGAACCGUGGACAGUUUCCACACGAAACCUAUUGUCAGCAAUACUACAAUUGCUGGGACGGUAAAGCUGUCAUCCAAGAAUGUCCUGGAAAACUCCUCUUCAAUCCUGUUAUUUCUGCUUGCGACUAUCCAGAAGCAGUAAAUUGCUUAGCAAGAUUACGGAAUCCAGCUCCAUCAGUCACUGCGGAUGGCCGAUGUCUGAAACAAUUUGGCACCUUUCCCGAUCCAACCGAUUGCACUGCUUUCUACAAAUGCUCUCAUGGUAGAGCUUUCAGACAAGUAUGCCCUUACUACACAGCUUUCGAUGAGAGGUAUUUGGUUUGCGUUCAUGCUUAUAACGUGGAAUGUGCUGGAAGAGGUGGCAUCUAUGGAACACUAGCGCCACCACUCUUCAGGAUACCAGAUGGAGGAAGCUCUCAAAUCGGUUUGUCUCCAAUAGGAUCUGUAUCUUCUUCAUCACGCUGGGAUGGAAGGUCACAUCAAGGAUCUGCUUCAACUGGAUAUGGAUCUCAAGCUCCACCGCCCAUCAAAGGUUAUGACAUCAAUAUAAGAAGAAGCAGUGCCUCAACGAGUCUUAACAAUGAGGGAAACACAGGGCAGCGUGAUAGCACCCGUGGUGAUGCUGGAUUUAGUGAUCCAGGAAGAAAUACUUGGAAUUCUGGAUCUUCUAGGAACUUGACAAAUGAUGGUGCAAGCAGGGCCGUUUCAGGCAGUUUCGGGCCAAAUCGGGGGCAGGCAUCCUCUGGGACAAGCUCUGAACAACAAACCAAUGGUUCCGCCGGAAACAGAAACUUAAGCUCAACUAGAAACGAUGGAAUAAGAGGAAUUACAAGAGGAUUAGGUGGAACGCGGACCACGCCAUCUAUCGGUGGAGUUUCAAACCCUUAUGAAGACAGCUCUAGAAUUAACCAAAAUUUGAGUGGAACAAAAAAGGAUAAUGAUAAGAAUAAGGCUGUUGAGGAUAAUUCAAGUUUGCCUGGUUCUCAUAUUAAAAGACCUACUUCAAGUAGUGAAGCGGCUGGAAACUCUGGCUUAAAUCAAUCUUCCGAAGGAACUAGGGCUCCAAUAGAAAUAGGGCAAACUGUUGGAAGUUCUAGCAAUACCGAUCAACCUGGUGAUUCUAGAGUAGAGGGAGCUGAAGGACGUGUAAGAAAUGGAAAUGGACAAAGAAGUCGUGCAAAUAGCAGAAAUCAAUCACGUGAGUCAUCACGACCUGGUGCAGGUAGUAGAAAUCGUUCUAAUGGAGGAACUGUUGGUAGAAGUAGAAGUACUGGUGGUAUAAGUCGAAGUCCACCCGUUAGUUCUUCCCAAUCUGGUGGUAGAGUGCAGGGUCUAGGAACGAAGGUUAAAUCUAGCGAUGCUGAUACUUCAAAAGUUACGUCAGCUGGUAUUGUUGGAAUAGUAGCUAAAGAAAUUCCGUCCACCGGCGAGGAAAGAAAAUAUGAAACGCCAAUCUCUCCCGAAACAACUUUCCGAUGUCCUCAGCCUCGAGGUCUCUACCCCAACGCCCUGGAGUGCAGUCGAUUCUGGCUAUGUAGAGAAUACAAACCAUCCCUUCUCAAGUGUCCGACUGGUCAGCUCUUCGAUCUCGCUACACUCUCAUGUACAAGUCCAGAAAAAGCACAAUGUUCCUCCAUUUCGCCAAGAACGUGACGUCACUGAUUCUGCCUAACUCUUUCAAUUAUUGGCCAGUCGAAGGAUGACAUCAUAAAUCGUCGCUUUCCAGUGACCUUUGUUACGUGUCUCACGUGGAGUACCGAAAUUUUAAAACACGAAAGCUUUGAUGAAUCACUUCUCUAACCAUCAUUUAAGCUUCUAGAAAUCUAGAUACUUCACAUAGGUACUUCACUGGCGCCGACUUGGCGUUAACUUGCAUGACAGUGCAUGCGCAGUUGAGCACUGCUUACUACUGUGUAUAUAAGUUACGAAUUAGGAAGAUUUUUUUGUAUUUUAUUCCUUUACUAUUGAAUUGCACCGGAACAAACUCAUUAGACUGCGAACAAAUUGAAUUGGGAUACAUCAUCUUUGUGUCUACGGGUACAGACCAUAGACUGAUUUCGUGUUACACUUGGACUACUUUUGUGUGAAUGUUUUAUUUAUAUCUGUACCAAUCUCUUUGGCAUUGUGAUAUAGGUGUUUAGUUUAUUAAUAUAUUUUGUAAAAUAAAUUUAAAUUUGUACAGUUAA